AUGGAGCAAGGAAAUGUUAAAGAUUUUGUGGUGGUAAUUGGUGCAGAGAGCGAUGGUUAUUCGCGACAAGAGAAAACUUUAAGCGGUUGUUUUCACCACAAGCCAUGGAGAGGAGGGAAGGAGUCUUGUUCCAAACUUUCUCAUGGGAUGAUCUUCUUCUUCUUCUUCGUUUCUCGUUUCCCUCUCUGAUUCCUUUCCUUCAACUCCACAACCGUUAAAGAUCUUCAUGGUGCAAUGCCUACAUUUACAACAGUGGCUUUGGAUAGUUUAAUAGAACCAAAAGCUUCUAAGCUAGCAUCAACAGGGAAGACAAAACCUGAACCAAAACUGGAGAGAAGAAAUAGCAGCUCCACUCUUACAAAACAAGGCAGUGGAAUCCAUGGUGCUGAUGGAAAACCAGAAUUGGGAAACACCACAAUCACAACGGAAAGAAAGCAUCAUUGGAAUCAAAUUUCACCUGCUCUUUAUGCUACCCCUGAACCAACACCACUUCCAGAUUCUCAACUAUCAUUUCCAUCAUCACCUUAUGUUGUUGACCAUAAGAGACGUGGACCUAGACUUUCCAAGACCUAUUCAGCUGUUCUUCAUCGUGAUGAAAAAAAGGCUGUUGAAAUUGGGAAAAGUUUAGAAGCUGAAGAUGUUGGAUCUAGCAAGGUUUUUGACACCAAAGAUACUGUUUCUACUAAUGCUGAUGUUCCCCAUGUGAAGUUUCUGAAUAAUGGAGAUCUUGGAUCAAAAAAGAUGGACGUGAGAAUUCAAGAAAGCAUGAUGCAUUGGAAAGAGAAGCGCCCUUUAAAUGUCCACACUCCAUUUGCUGAGUUUUAUGAUGCUUGGGAAGAACUGGCAACAGAAACCGGAAUCCAGCAUAAGGCAACUGACAUUGAGGGGGAAUUACGUGAGAUGCGAUCAGGAUUUCUAUAUGAGAGGGAGAAAAGAAGGCAAGCUGAAAAUCGUUUGAAUGAUAUGAAAAGUCAAUGGGGGAGGAUUCGUGAAAAAUUAGCCAUUGUUGGAUUGAAUCUUCCUUUAGAUCCUACUGUAGUGGAGGAUGAUCAAACAAAAGAUCCUGGAGAAGAGAUAUGUCGCCAGGUUGAUGUUUUACGGUUGUUGGAUCGAGUGCAUUACUAUGAGGCUGUUAAUCAUGAAAUGUCUCAGAGGAAUCAAGAAAGUGUUGAAACCAUGCGACGACUUAGGCAAAAGAGGAAGAAAAGACAAAGUGAUCACUACCCCCACCCACCACCACCGGGUUAGUCCCGAUUGUACGUUGAGCUUUUUGAGAAGGUUGUAUAUAAUACAUAUUUUUCGGCAGUAAUAAAACAUUUUUGGCAGUAAUAAAAAACGUGGUAAUUAGAGUUUACACUAUAAAUGUAAACAAAAGUUACCAUUGUGAGAAUUUGUGGGGUGGAGAAAGAGAUCAUUGCAAGAAGUUGUGUCAAGACUCCUAGGUGUAAUUAUUCUUUUUGAAUUUCUUUUUAUUUUUUAUUUGUUAAUUAAAGUUUAUGUUUGCCAAAUUUAAGAAAAAAAGAUCUUAAAUUUGUGUUUGGUUAUCGUUUUUUUUUUCUUUCAUCUGUCAAACAUAAUAAUUAAAUUAAGGACAUGUUUAACGGAUUAUCUGAAAAGCUAUUUAAUAACUGAAAACUUGAUGUUAGAUAAAAAAAUGAUGUUUGGUAACACGAGCUGAAAAGCAAAUUGAAAUAUGUAAAAUGACAUAAAAUAGCAUGUAGAAGAUUGAGUUUUUUUAAAAGGAAAUAUUAAUAAAGCGU